AGAGCAGACCAAUGUAUCAAGCAUUUUGAAAUAAUUAUGGCCCCUUUUACACUUAGAUAAUUGAACAUUUUGCUUAAAUUGCUAUAACUUUAUUUUUUGGGUGGUGCGGUGGUCGAGUGGUAACACUCUGGUCUACCAUUCCAGAGGUCCCCGGUUAAAAUCCCAGCCGGGGCACUGGAAAUUUCAGAAAUGCUUCAAGUGUUUCCCACCCAACUAGAGAUGUACUGGUAUGAAACCCAGGUGCUAGAAGAGGACUCUAGUAAUACUAACAUGUUUAAGGUGUGUGGUUAUACGUGUAAUAGGAAUGAUUUCUUAAAGAAACACAUGAGGUUGCAUUCAGGAGAAAGACAUUACAAGUGUGAGGUGUGUGGUUAUGCAUGUAACCAGAAGUGUGACUUUAAGAGACACAUGAGGACACAUUCAGGAGAGAGACGGUACAUGUGUAAGAUUUGUGGUAAAGAAUUUACAGGUAGUGAUCAGUUGAUGAAACACUUAAGGAUACAUACGGAAGAAAGACCGUACACGUGUAAGGUGUGUGGUAAAUCAUUUUACCAGAGUGCUCAUUUAAAACAACAUAUAAAGAUGCAUUCAGGAGAAAGACCUUACAUGUGUGAGGUGUGUGGUAAAGCAUUUAAAAGGAGCGGUAUCUUGAAGACACACAUGAGGAUACAUACAGGAGAAAGACCGUACGAGUGUGAUGUGUGUGGUAAAGCAUUUAAAAGGAGUGGUAUCUUGAAAACACACAUGAGGAUACAUACAGGAGAAAGACAGUACAAGUGUGAUGUGUGUGGUAAAACAUUUAUAUCAAGUUGUUACUUGAAGACACACAUGAGGAUACAUACAGGAGAUAUACCUUACAAGUGUGAUGUUUGUGGUAAAGCAUUUAUAUCAAGUGGUGACUUGAAAGCACACAUAAGGAUACAUACAGGAGAAAGACCGUACAAGUGUGAUGUGUGUGGUAAAGCAUUUACACAGAAUAGUACAUUGAAGGCACAUACGAGGAUACAUACAAGAGAAAGCCCGUUCACGUGUGAGGUUUGUGGCUGUGCGUGUAAACAGAGAGGUACCUUGAAGAAACUCAUGAGGUUGCAUACAAGAGAAAGACUUUACAAGUGUGAGGUGUGUGGUUAUGCUUUAAACCAAAGUGGUGACUUGAUAGAUGACAUGAAGACACAUUCAGAAGAAGGACUGUUCAUGUGUGGGGUUUAUGGUAAAACAUUUAAACAGAGUGGCAACUUGAAGAAACACAUGAGGACACAUACAAGAGAGAGACCGUACAUGUGUGGAGUGUGUGGUAAAGCAUUUCCAAAAAGUUGUAACUUGAAAACACACAUGAGGAUACAUACAGGAGAGAGACCGUACAAGUGUGAGGUGUGUGGUUUUGCAUGUAACCAAAGUGGUUCCUUGAAGAAACACAUGGUGUUACAUAAAGGAGAAAGACCAUUCAAGUGUGAGGUUUGUGGCUAUGCCUGUUAUCAGAGUGAUGAAUUGACAGAUCACAUGAGGUCACAUGCAAAGGAAAAACUGUGUGAGGUGUGUGGAAAAGAAUUUAAACUAAAGGGUAACUUGAAGACACACAUGAGGAUACAUACAGGAGAGAAACCAUACAAGUGUGAUGUGUGUGGGUAUAAAUGUAACCAAAAUGGUACCAUGAAGAUACACAUGAGGUUACAUACAGGAGAAAGACCGUACAAAUGUGAGGUGUGCGGUGAAGCAUUCAAACAGAGUGGUAACUUGACAGAACACACGAAGACACAUACUGAAGAAAGACCCUACAUGUGUGAGGUGUGUGGUCAUGCAUUUAGACAAAGCUGUAACUUGAAGACACACAUGAGGAUACAUACCGGAGAAAGACCGUACAAUUGUGAAGUGUGUAGUAAAGCAUUUGCAGAGAGUCAAACCUUGAAAGCACACAUGAGGAUCCAUACAGGAGAUGGACCUAACAAAAGUGAGGUGCGUGGUUAUGCAUGUAAGCAAAGUAGUGACAUACAGGGGAGAAACCGUACAAAUGUGACGUUUGCGAUGAAACAUUCAAACAUGAUACCUGGAUCAAACACAUGAGGACACAUACUGGUGAAAGACCAUAUAAGUGUGUAGUGUGUGGCUAUGCAUGUAACCAGAGUGGUGUCUUGAAGGUACAUAUGAUUGAGGAUACAUACAGGAGAGAGACCAUACACGUGUGAGGUGUGUGGUAUAGCAUUCAGACUAAGUGGUAACUUGCAGACACACAUGAGGAUACAUACAGUAGAGAGACCGUACCAAUGUGAGGUGUGCGGUGAAGCAUUCAAACGAAGUGGUAACUUGCAGACACACAUGAGGACACAUACAAUAGAGAAACCGUACAAAUGUGAGGUGUGUGGUGAAGCAU